UUGAAUUUCAAGAAGUAUGCGACAGCAAGUGACGUGUGGAGUUUCGGAAUUGUGAUGUAUGAGAUAUGGAGUCUCGGGCAUAAACCCUAUGAAGGCUACACCAAUCCACAGAUCCAGAGUCUGGUGGAGAGAGGGGAGAGACUAGCUCCACCACCUGGCUGUCCCAGACCACUCUACUCACUCAUGAUCAACUGCUGGCAUCCAGAGCAUUCCUGCAGACCAUCAUUCCUCAAUCUACUAAAGACACUCAGCAGAGGCAGCAGUGAGCUGCUGGCCUGGGAUGGAAGCCUGGAGGCGGGGCUGGACAAGACCGUUGGAGCACCCUUGGAGGCU